AUGGCUUCCGAGAUCUACGAGCUCAAUGAUUCGACCCAUCGAGGUACAGCACCGAGCGCGAACACCGACUCGAAGGAGAAAACCAAUCCGGAUACUAUAACAGAGGCAUUGGAUAGUGGGUCGAACUCGUCGUUGGAAAGAGGAAUCGAUGAAGACGACAGUAAAGUACCUAUACAAAGGGCAGAAAAAACAGAAUUAGUACCAAAUGAGGCCUUCCAUUGGAACGUUGAUGGGGAUCAAUCGCCAUUUCCCGAGGUAGCGGCUUGUGUGUCUAACACGGACGACCCAAGCACCCUUUGCAAUACUGUCCGAGCUUGGAUUCUCACCACUAUAUUUGUUAUGCUAUUCUCUGGCGUCAACGAGUUUUUCGGACUUCGCUAUCCUUCCCUCUCGAUUGGUUAUGUUGUAGCCCAACUUCUCGUUUUCCCCAUCGGCCGGGCCUGGGAGAAGCUCCCCCGGUGGAGAGUCCCUUUGGGCAUGUUCACCUUCGACGUUAAUCCUGGAAAGUUUUCCAUCAAGGAGCAUGCUCUAAUUGUCAUUUGCGUCAAUGUUAGUGCCAGCGCUGCCUACGCCAAUGGAUCGUUGGUCGCCAUCAUCAGCCCUCAGUAUUGGAAUCGUGACUACGGCGCGGGUUUUGCUUUCCUCUAUCUCUUGACUACCCAGAUGCUCGGGUUUGGCCUUGCUGGCCUGGCACGCAGGUGGCUGGUUUACCCCGCAGCUCUCAUAUGGCCCAGCUCUCUCUCCUCCACGGUCCUUUUCCGAGCGCUUCACGAGGGCAAGCAGGACGACUCCUCCGCCAAUGGCUGGACGAUUACUCGCUAUCGUUUCUUUGGAUAUGUUACUGCAUUUGCGUUCGUGCUCUUCUGGUUCCCAGAUUAUAUCUGGACAAGUCUAGGCACAUUUGCGUUCCUCACGUGGAUCUUCCCACACAACCAGAAGGUCAACACGAUAUUUGGUAUGAACUCAGGCCUGGGACUACUUCCUAUCAGCAUCGACUGGACCCAGAUUACUUAUGCAAACCCUUCUCCCCUCACAACACCAUUUUACAUCUCUUGUAAUGCUUUCGCCGUUGUGGUGAUCUUUUAUAUUUUCCUGUCCCCAAUUCUAUACUAUACCAACGUGUGGAACAGCUCAUACCUUCCACUCCUGUCCUCGAGUACAUUUGACAAUACCGGCAAAUCGUACAACAUUACGCGUGUUAUCGAUUCGAACCUCAACUUCCUCGUGGAUAAAUACGAAGCCUACUCCCCCAUGUAUAUUUCCAUGUCCUAUUCGAUUUCGUACGCCCUCUCGUUCGCUGCGGUGACCGCUAUGGUCGUCCACACCUAUCUUUACAACGGCUCUGAGAUAUGGGCCAGAUUCAAGAACUCUCGUAACGGUGGAGAAGACAUACACAAGAGACUAAUGAACAAAUAUAAAGAAGUUCCGGACUGGUGGUAUAUGAUUUUGACGCUAGUGGUGCUGGCCCUCGGUAUUGUGACGGUUCGAAAUUGGGACUCUGGCUUGCCAGUUUGGGGGUUUAUCGUUGUAUGUUUUGGUAUGGGUGUGGUGCUGAUUAUCCCAGAAGGGAUUUUGGAGGGAACGACGAAUCAAAGAAUCUUCCUUAACAUCAUCACGGAGCUCAUCGCAGGGUAUGCAUGGCCCGGAAAGCCAAUUGCCAAUAUGAUGGUCAAGUGCUACGGGUAUAAUUCCGUAAAGCACGGCAUGGAUUUUGCCCAGGAUUUGAAGCUCGGGCAGUACAUGAAAAUCCCUCCCCGUGUCCUCUUUGUGGGCCAGAUAUAUUCUACGAUACUCGCAACUAUGACUCAAGUCGGUGUACUUCGAUGGAUGAUGGGUCAUAUCCCAAAUCUAUGUUCCCCGAAGAACACCCAACGCUUCACUUGCAACGCCGCCAAAGUAUACUACAGUACCUCUAUCAUAUGGGGCUCUAUUGGUCCCCAGAGGAUGUUCCAGUCCGGGCAGGUGUAUAGCGGCAUUAUGUACUUUUUCAUCAUUGGGCCGGUGGUGACUCUUCUCGUCUGGCUAGUUUAUCGCAGGUAUCCAAACAGCUGGGUGCGGUACAUCAACGUCCCGAUCUUCUUCAACGCCGCAGGCAACAUUCCGCCUGCCAACACUACUCAAUAUUCGUUAUGGUUUAUUUUCGGAUUCCUGUUCAACCACCUCAUCCGCAGGCGCGCUUUUGCAUGGUGGAAGCGGUACAACUAUCUGCUCCAAGCUGCGAUGGACACUGGUACCGCGCUAGCAACCAUUAUCAUCUUCUUCUGCCUGAGUUAUAACAACGUCAAGUUGAAUUGGUGGGGCAAUACUGUUGGAUCGAAUACAGACGACGCGAACUCGGUGCCAUGGUUAAAGGUAGCCAAGGGUCAUCACUUCGGGAAAGGGGUCGGAGAGUUUUAA